AUGGGGGAACGGGACUUUCUUAACGAAGCUGGACCGAGCAGCGACAAGUAUCCAAAUGGGUCCACCAAAAUGGACCUCGAUGAUGACAUCGUAGAUUUCGACUAUUCUUCUGAUGACGAGCCCGACAAAAAUCCCAUGCUGGGGCUCGACGAAAGUUCCCUGAAAAUGUUUGUUAGGAAAGCUGCCACUUCAUUUUUCGAUCAGUAUGGUUUAAUCUCCCACCAGAUCAAUUCGUACAAUGACUUUGUUCGGCACGGGAUUCAACGUCUCUUUGAUUCCAUCGGGGAGAUCAGCAUCGAACCGGGAUAUGACAUUUCGAAAAAGGUUGAAGGUGAUUGGAGGCGAGGCUCCCUCAGGUUCGGUAAAGUCACCCUUGAUCCCCCGAUGUUCUGGACGGGUGGGAAGUUCGCCGCUCUUGAUGGUGCUAAAGAGCAUUUGGAUCUUUACCCGAGGCAUGCUCGUCUCCAAAACAUGACCUAUUCGUCUAGGAUCAGAGUCGAGGCGUAUCUUCAGGUUUAUUCUAUGGGAGUCUCUAGAAGUGACAAGUUCAAGACCGGUGUCGAUCAAACUGUUGAGAAGUCGAUACACAAUGAGUAUAAUUCUGUUGUUACCUUUGGGAGACUUCCAGUCAUGGUGAUGUCGGAUUUGUGCAGGAUGAGGUCAGCUGAUAAAAAGGAUUGUGAGUUUGACCAUGGUGGAUAUUUUAUAAUUAAGGGUGCUGAGAAGACAUUCAUUGCACAGGAGCAAAUAUGCCUCACAAGACUUUCGAUAUCCAAAGACCCAACUUGGACAGUCGCAUACCGUCCGGCUGCAAAAAGAAAACGAGUCUACAUAAAAUUGACCCCCAAAACCGAGAAAGUAUUGGGAGCCGACAAAAUACUCACGGUCUACUUUUACAUAACCGAAAUCCCGAUAUGGCUUCUCUUCUUUGCUCUGGGUGUCACAAAUGACAAGGAAAUAGUAAAAAUGAUUAAUAUCGAUACGGAAGAUUCUCCCAUUGCUAACAUACUCAUCGCCUCUAUUUACGAGGCCGAUAAGAGUUUCGAUGAUUUCCGCAAAGAGGGAAAUGCCGUAAAGCACAUUAGCAACCUCAUGAAGGGCUGUAAAUACCCACCCGAGGAGUCUGUGGAGCAAUGCAUACAAAAUUACUUCUUUCCCAACCUUUGCAGCCUUAAGCAGAAGGCUUCUUUUCUUGCAUAUAUGGUAAAAUGCCUCUUGGAAGCCUUUAGAGGGCACCGUAAAAUUGACAACAGAGAUGAUCUUAAGAAUAAGAGGUUAGAAUUGGCCGGUGAGCUAUUAGAGAGAGAGCUGAGGGCUCAUAUCAAGCAUGCUGAAAAGCGUAUGAUUAAAGCUUUACAACGGGACCUCGACAGGGAUCGGGAGCUGCAGGAGGUGGAGAAGUACUUAGAUGCUUCUAUCAUUACGAAUGGUUUAUCGAGGGCUUUCUCGACUGGAGCUUGGUGCCACGCGUACAAGAGGAUGGAGAGGACUUCAGGCGUUGUGGCGACUAUCAGACGGACUAACCCUUUGCAGGCGAUUUCUGAUAUGAGAAAAACUCGCCAGCAGGUUUCGUACAUGGGACGGGUCGGAGAUGCUAGAUACCCACACCCAUCUCAUUGGGGUAAGAUGUGUUUCCUCUCGACUCCCGAUGGAGAAAAUUGCGGAUUAGUUAAGAAUCUAGCAAGCAUGGGCAUUGUGAGUACUAAUAUGAUGGAACGCGAGGGCCUUAUCGAAAUAUUUCGUGAGUGUGGGAUGGAAAAAUUGGAUGACGACACUUUAAUAACUCUGCUCGAUGGAAGGCACAAGAUUUUCCUAGAUGGAGAUUGGGUUGGAUUGUCUAAAGAUUCCUCAUCAUUUGCUGCUAAGCUAAGGCGCAAGCGCCGGAAAAUGAGCUUUCUUCGUCAGCUUGAGGUGAAAACAGACCAGCACCAGAAAGAGGUUCGUAUAUACGUCGAUGCCGGAAGAAUUCUCCGCCCACUGAUCGUCAUGCAAAACCUUAAAAAAAUCAAAGAUUUAAAAGGAGACUUCACUUUCGACACCCUUCUCGAUAAUGGGGUGCUCGAGUUCAUCGGGCCCGAGGAAGAAGAGGAUUGCCACACUGCAUGGGGCAUAAAGUACCUCUUCACAGCCGAGUUAGACAAUUACACGCACUGCGAACUCGACAGCUCAUUCAUGCUCGGUCUUAGCUGUGGGCUCAUCCCUUUUGCUAAUCACGACCAUGCUCGACGAGUUCUCUACCAAUCCGAAAAACACUCUCAACAAGCAAUUGGGUAUUCCACUACGAAUCCAAUGUUAAGAACCGACACGAACGCGCAACAAAUGUACUAUCCUCAAAGGCCGCUUUUCAAGACCAUUCUCUCGGAUUGCCUCGGGAAAUCAAGAUAUGCCGAUCGCCACAAAGGGAUGUUGUCUCGGCCCGAAUUUUCCAAUGGACAGUGUGCUAUCGUGGCUGUUAAUGUUCAUCUCGGGUACAAUCAGGAAGAUUCUAUAGUGAUGAACUGUGCCUCUUUGGAACGAGGCAUGUUUCGAACGGAGCACGUGAGGAGCUAUAAAGCUGAGGUGGAAUAUUCGGACGAGGAUAAUCUCGGAAAAAAGGUGAAAUCGGAUGAGAUGAUUAGCUUUGGGAAGGUGCAGAGCAAGUUCGGGCGUGUGGACAGCCUGGAUGACGAUGGGCUCCCGUUUGUUGGGGCGAAUUUGCAAACGGGCGAUAUUGUAAUAGGCAAGCAUUCGGCUUCUGGGGUUGAUCAUAGUGUGAAGCUCAAGCACACGGAGAGGGGUAUGGUUCAGAAGGUUGUGCUAUCAUCUAACGACGAUGGGAAGAACUUUGCGUUCGUGUCGUUAAGACAGGUUCGUGCUCCUUGUCUGGGGGAUAAAUUCUCGAGCAUGCACGGGCAAAAGGGUGUUUUGGGGUUUUUGGAGUCUCAGGAGAACUUCCCUUUCACCAAACAGGGAAUUGUCCCGGAUAUCGUCAUAAACCCUCAUGCAUUUCCUUCUAGACAAACGCCAGGCCAACUUUUGGAGGCUGCUCUAGCCAAAGGCAUUGCACUUGGAGGAGCUCUCAAAUACGCCACCCCGUUUUCCACACCUUCAGUUGAAGACAUAACAGCUCAGCUUCACAGGCUGGGAUACUCGAAAUGGGGAGACGAGCGUGUGUACGACGGGCGUACGGGUGAGCCCGUACGGUCCCUUAUCUUCAUGGGGCCCACAUUUUACCAGCGGCUGGCCCACAUGGCGGAGGACAAGGUGAAGUUUCGAAACACAGGGCCUGUCCACCCGCUGACCCGGCAACCCGUGGCUGACCGGAAAAGGUUCGGUGGAAUCAAAUUUGGCGAGAUGGAGCGAGACUGCCUCAUAGCCCACGGGGCAGCUGCAAACCUGCACGAACGCCUCUUCACCCUCAGCGACUCGUCGCAAAUGCACAUCUGCCGAAAGUGCAGCAAUGUGGCUGGCGUGGUCCAGAGGACGGUGCUUGGUGGAAGGAAGUUGCGUGGGCCCUACUGCAGGUUCUGUGAGUCGGUGGAGGAUGUGGUGCGGGUUAGCGUGCCGUACGGGGCCAAGCUGCUGAGCCAGGAGCUUUUCAGCAUGGGGAUAUCGCUCAAGAUGUGUAUAUGUGGGAAAGCAGGGUGGGAUGGUUAUAUUUGGUCUCAGGUAUAA